GGCGGAAACGCACUUGGAAGGCACGUUACCGGAUGUCGUCUCUCUCCGAGGGGAAGGGGGGGGGGGUGUUCCCUUAGUCUGGCCUCGGGGGGAAACUAGGGGAACUUAAGGUAAAGGGUCCGUCUGAAACCGUAAGACUGGACGGUAGACGCGAAAAAGGAGCCGAGCAAGGGAGGGUAAAAACGGUGAUUUAGAGAUUUAGCUUCCCCUCCCCCAACAGGGAAGAGAGAUGAGAUGGUUCAGAGAUAGAUAAGAGAGAAAAAACAGGGGAGAUGAAGAGGAUUAAAAAUCAUGGUGAAAAUGGAAAACCAAAACUAAAACCACGAAAUGGCCAGUCAGUCUCAGGGUAUCCAGCAGCUCCUGCAAGCUGAGAAGCGGGCGGCUGAGAAGGUGGCAGAUGCCAGAAAGAGGAAGGCCCGGCGUCUGAAGCAGGCAAAGGAGGAGGCCCAGAUGGAGGUGGAGCAUUACCGUCGAGAGCAAGAGCAGGAAUUCCAGAGCAAGCAGCAGGCGGCCAUGGGCUCCCAGGGGAACCUCUCAGCUGAGGUGGAGCAGGCUACGAGACGCCAGGUACAGGGCAUGCAGAGCUCCCAGCAGAGAAACCGUGAACGCGUCCUGGCCCAACUUCUUGGCAUGGUCUGUGACGUCAGGCCCCAGGUCCACCCCAACUACCGGAUUGCUGUCUAGAAUUCACCAUAGGACCUGACUGUUCCCUUCCAGUUCCCUUCCUCAAAGAAACCCCCCAAACAAAAUUACCACCUGCCAUCUUCACUGCUUCUUUCCCAUUUUCUCUCCUUUCCAUUCCCUAGAAAUUCUAGGGGCAAGAUCCAAUAACUCUGUGAAAAGUACCCUGUUCAGAUCUGAGUCUCCUUACUGUUCUUUAACCUUCACUGGGACCUUGUAAACUCCCAAGUCACUCUCACCGAAACCCUCUGUGAAAUUUGUAGCAUGGAUAAGUAGGGAUGUGGAAAAAAACACUUUGACUUCAGAGCCUGGAAGCCUUGGGUUCCUUUCCCAACCCUGCCACUUUCUGGCUGUGCACCCAGGACAGCUACUUAAUCUGUAGUCCAGUGUCCUCCUUUGCAAGACUGGCAUGAUGCUGAUGGUGAUAAUAACAAUAAUACAUACCUUACGGGACUGCUGCAAUGAUUGGGAAUCACUCUGUAAAGAGCCUAGCAUGGUUUUUGGCAUGUAGUUGCUGUGAUUCCAUAAAUGUCCGCCCUAUGAUAUUAUUACCACCCGUUGCCCACCGUCAAAACCAAAACACAAAUGUUUCCUCACAUUUGUCAAUGGCUGUCUAAUUCACUCACUCAUUCUGUGAACCUAGUAAUUUUUCUGAAGAAUUGGCUCUUCCCACCUCUCUUUUCCCAGAGACUUUAUGGUCCCUGAAAAGGAAAUGAAGACCUCGUUCAGCCUCUCUACUGUGGUUCCAGGAAGAUGUUGCAUUUCGUAGUCUCUCUUUUUGUCUCUAAAUUGGUCUUUUUAUUGGAUUUUUCCCUUUCCUUUUCCGAUUUCCCCAAAGACCCAUCAGAUGUUCACUGCUUCCUGAGAUGUAAAGUGAUGCUGUGUUCCUUUGUAUGCAUGGCCUCCCUUUCUACAUCCUUAACAUCCUUUCCUUUGUAACAAUAAAAAAGUGUCAAUAAUAAUAAUAAAAAUAAGACCUAUGGGCAAAUCAA